AUGGCCAACGGAGCAGUCGUUCGCCUCCGUAAGGCGAUUGAGGUCAAGCGCAGUGCAAAUGAGGACACUGAUGCGAAGACGUAUGGCAAGUGGUCCAACAUCGAUCUCGAGCCCACGCCGCCUGUGCAACGAAACUGGACUCCGUUAUAUUUCUUCGCAUUCCAGUUCAGUGUUGCUUUCUCUCCGACUACGUAUCAUGUGGGGUUCCCAGUCUACAUGCGUAUCUCCGCCGGAAUCUAUGGCUCACUCUGGUUUCUGUUCCUUCGAGCGGUGGUCGCCAUGUUCUAUGAGGGUACACAGACGUACUAUGCAUCUCGACAACUCAAUGUAUCCCUUCGCUGCAUUUUCGGACACCAAUGGACGGACAUUCCCAACCAUCUUCCCAAAUCAGCCGGCAUCACGACCCAGCAAAUGAUCGCCUUCUUCCUCACCUGGCUCUUCCAACUGCCGCUCGCAUGGCUACACCCUUCCAAGGCUGGUCCUCUCUUCGCCGUCAAAUCCGUUCUCUCACCACUUGCAUAUUUUGUGACCCUGAUCUGGGCACUCGUGAAGUUUCGCGGCGUCGAUCUCGCACUGUCCAAUGCGACAGCGAAGAACCUGGGCUGGUCGUUUAUGCGUGCGAUCAACACAGUCAUCUCGGGCGUCGUUCCGCCCAUGGUCAACAUCGCUGAUCUUGCGCGUUAUGGCAACCGGCCCAAAGAUGUCUUGCCGCUCGUUACGGGCUUGUUUAUCAGCAAACCAUUGGUCAUUCUGAUCGGCUUGUUCACGACGGCGGCCGGGAAGAAGCGCUUUGGCGUGGCGAAUUGGAAUCAGUGGGAUUUCUAUACGCUCGUGCUGGAUAACUACUGGGGUCCUGGCACUCGCACAUUGGUUUUCUUGGGGAGUUUUAUCCAAGCAUUCGCAACUGUUGUCACCAACGUCUCCAGCAACGCCAUCCCCAUCGGCUGCGACCUGACAGGCCUCUUCCCGAAAUACUUCACCAUCGUCCGCGGUCAGAUCCUCUGUAACAUCCUCAUCUGGGCCGUUGUGCCCUGGCUACUCGUCAAUUCCGCCCAAAACUUCCUCACAUUCUUGGGCUCGUACCUAUGCUUCAUCGCGCCCGUCCUAGCUGUGGAGAUCGUUGACUACUGGCUCGCUCGCAACGGCAACAUUCACGUGCCGAGCUUGUACCGCCCUGACCCGUCCUCGCCGUACUACUACACCAAGGGCUUCAACUUCCGGAUUUUUGUGGCGUGGGUAGUGGGGAUUGUGCUGGUGAUCAGUGGGAUAUCAGGCGCUAUCAAUCCAGGCUCGAUCAGUGACACAGCCGUCGGUAUCUACAACACAGGCUUCCUGUUGAGCUUCACGGCUGCUUCGGUCACGUACUACAUACUGUGUACGAUAUGGCCGGUGAAGGUGUGGCCUGAUGGCAGGGAGAAGGAGUCAAUUGGUGAGGAGAAGGGCUCGAGAACAAAGGUCAACAAGGGCAGAUGGGAGGAGAUGGUGCCUACGGAAGGCUUCUUCCAUGAUGAUGAUCCGCUGCCGGAGUAUCUACGUGAAAGGAUGGGUGUGAUUGUAGGCGAGGAGCCGGCUUUGACGGGCAGGACGGACGUUGUUAUUGGUGGUGGAGAUGGACGGGAGAAGAGCUAG